UGCUGCGGGUAAGUUUCUUCAAAGUGUCUAUGUCUAAUUUCAUAAUGCCAUUUAAGGUUUCCAAUUUUGACAACCGCAACAGACUCCGAGCAAAUGAGACAAACCGGCCUCAUGCAUGUCGAUGCAGGAAGAAUAAAUGCAAAUCUCUCGACCCAUUAAUCUCGGAAAACAUGGUUUUCGGCGUCAACUUUUCUAACUUUUGAAAAGGACAUUGUUUUUCAGUCACUAAGAGUUACAUCUGUCUGCGCGCUGUGCAGCGAGUCUGUCUCGGCUCUAUUCACUCAUCGACGUCUGAAGAACGUAGCGACAGUGUGCAUAUGUUACUGAAGAACGUAUGAAAUAAAAUCACUGUCAAAAAUAAACGUACGUAACUGAAAGAAUUUGUGUGUAAUAUUAUUUUACUCGUGCGUAAUUUAAAAAAGUGUAUGUAAUUCAGCUUUUUGUGAGACUUGAUUCCAAAAUCGUCGGCCAAGACAAUUUACAAGUACGACAUUUUGGUUUGUUUGUUAGAGUACAACUUAAGAUUCUACGACUAUGACAUUUUACAGACACAACCACAACUCUUUCACAUGCACGAAGUGCGAAUUACGAACACGCAGCGCUGUGCGCGAAGAGACUGUCAAAAAUACGUCAUCAAGGUCACAGGCAUUACUAUCAGAGGGAAGAUUGAUCGAUUCCAUCCACGUAGUGCGCAUGCGCCCCCGCUUAAACCACUAGCGCCAAAAUGACAGCUCAACAGCCAAGCGCUCACUCAUCGUCUCAGGGACCGUUGAUGACGCACUUGCUAGAACGCCUCAGGUCACGAAUUAGUGCAGUUUUAGAUGGCCAUCAGCUGGACUUAGACUAUUUUCAGUAUGUUGUCAAUCAAGAAGUGUUUAUUUUAUCAUCAGCCUCCACUAUUUGUGAUGUGCCAAAUUAUAUUUUGGAUACCCUCAUGGAUCUACAACGAAAAAUCCAUUCAGCUCUUUCCCAAGAGAUGGUCCCAGUUCUUACGAGGGAAUGUAGUGGUGGACGAGGUCGACCUAAGUUUAUUGUUUCCGAGGAAAUGCUGUCCCGGCUCAUUGAGAUGUCUUUACCAGUUUCUUGUAUUGCAAACAUUUUAGGAGUGAGCCAGUCAACGCUCUUCCGCCGAAUGCGUGACUUGGGUUUAUCUGUAAAAACUACGUAUAGCACCAUGUCUGACAAUGAAUUGGAUAAUGCCAUUUUGUCCAUCAAAAGAAGACUACCAAAUGCUGGAUAUAGGAUGGUAAAAGGUUGCCUGCAAGCAGACGGACAUAGAGUUCAAUGGAACCGUAUAAAAAAAUCCAUGCACAGAGUGGAUGCCCCUGGAAUUUUGGAAAGGAUGACACAGCUGGGGUGCAUUGUUAGAAGGUCAUAUUUUGUGCAAAGUCCAUUGUCCUUAGUCCAUAUUGACACGAAUCACAAGCUCAUAAGGUACAACAUCAUCAUAUUCGGUGGGAUAGAUGGGUUCUCACGAAAGAUCAUGUACUUGGAACCAGCAACAAACAACCGUUCAAACACUGCCCUAUCAUUCUUUCUGCAGUCUGUGCAAAAGCAUGGCUGGCCUUCAAGGGUCCGGGCUGAUGAAGGUGUGGAAAAUGUGGCAAUUGCAGAAACCAUGUUUCAUGUGAAAGGGACUGGAAGAGGAAGCUUCAUUUCUGGGAAAAGCGUACAUAACCAAAGAAUCGAACGCCUGUGGCGAGAUGUCUGGGUCAGUGUAACUCAGCUGUAUUACGAAAUACUUCACAGCCUUGAGGAAGAUGGCUUGUUGGACUUGUCAGAUUCCCUUCAUGUGUUCUGUGCACAUUAUGUGUUCCUCCCACGUCUGGAGCGUGACCUCCACACUUUUUCUGAAGGCUGGGACAAUCAUCCAUUACAGUCUGAAAGUGGGCUCACCCCUUACCAGCUGUGGAUAAUGGGACACAUGCACAACUCAUCUGGUGACGAUGAAGAGAAUUCGCAGAAUUUGCAACUGUUUGGAACAGACUGGGAGACAUUCGAUUGUGUGACAGAUGAUGAUGUUGGAGUUCAAGUUCCAGAAAUUGAGUGCCCACUCACUCCUGCUCUGAUGGAAACAGUAAAAUCCAUGUUUAAUCCUCUUGCAACAUCUGACUGUUAUGGCAGAGAUAUUUAUAUAUCUUUGGUUCAAUAUUUUGAAAGUCUUUAAAUACACAAACAGCUGUGUGAGAUCAUUUUAAAUGUUCAUUUAACAAACAUUGUGUACAUGUUAACAACUGUGACUGUAAUGAAUGUAAGUCAUUUGUAAUUGAACAUUCUAAAAAUGAAUUGAAUUUGAAUUGUUUUAUUAACAUGAAGAUACUACUGUCAAAUGCUGCUUUUGUGCCAAUAAACAUUUUACAAAUUGAAUUUGUAAAUGAAAUGUCACAACACUCAAUAUUUUGUAUCGAUUCAUUAACAUGAAAAAUCUCUUGUCACAUACUGUCUAAGAAACAUUGACUCAAAGAGAAGCUGAACAUUGAUUUCAACAUCAAAGACAUUUUAAACAUUAUCAAAUGACUCGCCAUAUUUUAUAGCCAUUCCCAUAACGCUUUUAAACUCAUUCAGU